CUGCGCAGGCCGGAAGCCCAGCAGGCGGCGAAGAUGGCGGAGAACAGCGGUCGCGCCGGCAAGAGCAGCGGUGGCGGCGCGGGGAAAGGGGCGGUGUCGGCAGAGCAGGUGAUUGCAGGCUUCAACCGCCUCCGACAGGAGCAACGGGGUCUGGCAUCCAAAGCCGCUGAGCUGGAGAUGGAGUUGAAUGAGCACAGCCUGGUGAUCGACACCCUGAAGGAGGUGGAUGAAGCCCGCAAGUGCUACCGCAUGGUCGGAGGCGUGCUGGUGGAGCGGACGGUCAAGGAGGUGCUGCCGGCCCUGGAGAACAACAAGGAGCAGAUACAGAAGAUCAUUGAGACACUUACACAGCAGCUGCAGGCAAAGGGAAGAGAGUUAAACGAAUUCCGGGAAAAGCACAACAUUCGCCUCAUGGGGGAAGACGAGAAGCCAGCAGCCAAGGAGAACCCCGAAGGGGCCGGGGCGAAGUCCACCUCAGCCGGGGUGCUGGUCUCCUAGGGACCAAGGCCCCUGCGGUUUUUUUCUACCCUGACUCCCACCUCUUCUAAUUUCUCUUUAUUGUUAUUAUUAUUAUUUUCUCUGCUAUUGUAAUAUUUUUUUGUUAAUUAAAUGUUUUGGUCAGAAUGCUUA